GUAUUUUAAUGAGGUGUCGUGACUGGACGCUGUAGUGCUCACCAGCCGGACUCAACUCAUCUUCACGAGCUAAGCAUUUACCAUAGUAGAGUUGGUAAGAGCGAGGUAAAGCGCCCGUCCGUCGUUUAUUGGUCGCUUUUCAGCCUCGCAGGGAAAUGAGUGCGGGUGCGCUGCGGAGCGAUUAAUGCGCGCUUGGAGAGAAAGACUUCUGCAGGUUGAAAUCGCUUGACGUGCAGAUGUGUUUGUCAACAGCAAGGUUUUUAGCAUUAAUAACAGGAUUAAGACAUUGAGUUGUAAAGCGGCUUUUACCCGGCUCAGGUGAAUCAGGAUAACGGUGGAUGCGCGUCUUUCGCCCUCUAUAGCGCAGACACCGCAGCAUCAGCACCAUCAUGGGGAACAGGGGCAUGGAGGAUCUCAUCCCGCUGGUGAACCGGCUACAGGACGCCUUCAGCUCCAUCGGACAGAGCUGUAACCUCGACCUGCCGCAGAUCGCCGUGGUGGGCGGACAGAGCGCCGGUAAAAGCUCCGUGCUCGAGAACUUUGUGGGCAAGGAUUUUCUGCCUCGUGGGUCUGGCAUUGUCACCCGGAGACCUCUUGUUUUGCAGCUGAUUAGUGCUAACACAGAGUGGGCUGAGUUUCUGCACUGCAAAGGGAAAAAGUUCACAGAUUUUGAUGAAGUCCGCCAGGAGAUUGAGGCUGAGACGGAUCGUAUCACUGGGGCAAAUAAGGGCAUUUCUCCCGUUCCCAUCAAUUUAAGGGUGUUUUCCCCUCACGUGCUGAAUCUGACGCUCAUCGACCUGCCGGGCAUCACUAAAGUGCCAGUGGGUGAUCAGCCAGCCGACAUUGAACAGCAGAUACGCGAUAUGAUCAUGCAGUUCAUCUGUCGAGAGAGCUGUCUCAUCCUGGCUGUAACUCCUGCCAAUACAGACCUGGCAAACUCUGAUGCUCUUAAACUGGCCAAAGACGUGGAUCCACAGGGCCUGAGGACAAUUGGUGUGAUCACUAAACUUGAUCUCAUGGAUGAAGGUACAGAUGCUCGAGAGGUUUUGGACAACAAACUUCUUCCACUCCGGAGAGGAUAUAUUGGGGUAGUGAACCGCAGUCAAAAGGACAUAGACGGGAAGAAGGACAUUAAAGCCGCUCUGGAAGCCGAAAGGAAGUUUUUUUUCUCUCAUCCGGCCUACAGACACAUGGCUGACAGGAUGGGCACCCCACAUCUGCAGAAAGCCCUCAAUCAGCAACUGACCAAUCACAUCCGGGAUACUCUUCCAGCAUUCCGCAGUAAACUCCAAUCACAACUGCUUGCCCUGGACAAAGAGGCUGAGGAGUAUCGGCACUACCGACCCGAUGAUCCCUCACGCAAGACCAAAGCUUUGCUUCAGAUGGUCCAGCAGUUUUCUGUGGAUUUUGAGAAGCGUAUCGAAGGUUCCGGUGAUCAAGUAGACACUAUUGAGCUGUCUGGUGGAGCCAAGAUCAACCGCAUAUUUCAUGAGCGUUUUCCCUUUGAGCUGGUCAAGAUGGAGUGUGAUGAGAAAGAAAUGCGUCGUGAAAUCAGCUAUGCCAUCAAGAACAUCCAUGGUAUCAGGACGGGUUUAUUUACUCCAGACAUGGCCUUUGAGGCGAUAGUGAAGAAACAGGUUGUAAAGUUGAAGGAGCCAUGUAUUAAAUGUAUUGACCUGGUGGUUCAAGAGCUGAUCAACACAGUCCGUCAGUGCUCUAAUAAGCUGGAUUCUUUCCCACAACUGCGAGAGGAAACCGAGCGAAUUGUUACUUCUCACAUCCGUGACAGAGAGAGCCGUGCCAAAGAUCAGGUUUUGCUGCUUAUUGAUGUUCAGCUCGCGUACAUCAACACCAAUCAUGAGGAUUUCAUUGGCUUUGCAAAUGCUCAGCAGCGAAGCAGCCAGGCAAACAAGAACACUUCUGCUGGUAACCAGGUGAUUCGAAAGGGCUGGUUGACCAUCAACAACAUCAGUAUCAUGAAAGGUGGAGCGAAGGAGUACUGGUUUGUGCUGAGCGCUGAGAGCUUGUCCUGGUUCAAAGAUGAUGAGGAGAAAGAGAAGAAGUACAUGUUGCCGUUGGACAACCUAAAAGUGAGAGAUGUGGAGAAAAGCUUUAUGUCCAGCAAACACAUGUUUGCCAUUUUCAACACAGAGCAGCGAAAUGUUUUUAAGGACAAUCGGUUUUUGGAGCUGGCGUGUGACAAUCUGGAGGAGGUGGAGAGCUGGAGAGCAUCACUCUUACGUGCAGGUGUCUAUCCAGAAAGGGCCGCUGUGGAUACUGAAAGUUCUGGUCCAUCUGAGAACUUCUCAAUGGAUCCUCAGCUGGAGAGAAAAGUGGAGACCAUUCGUAACCUGGUGGACUCCUACAUGGCCAUAGUCAGCAAAUGCAUCCGUGACCUCAUGCCCAAAACCAUUAUGCACCUCAUGAUCAAUAAUGUGAAGGACUUCAUUAACGCAGAGCUUCUGGCUCAGUUGUAUUCGGCUGGAGAUCAGAACGCUCUGAUGGAUGAAUCUCAGGAGCAGGUCCAGCGCAGAGAAGAAGUGCUACGCACGCAUCACGCCCUGAAGGAAGCUCUUGCUAUCAUUGGAGAUAUCUCCACCACUACCAUCUCCACUCCACUUCCACCUCCUGUAGAUAGCUCGUGGCUUCAGGCUGGACAGGCUGGAUCUCGCAGAUCUCCUCCACCCAGUCCCUCUGCUCCUCGAAGGAUGUCUGCAGGCCAGAGACCGGCCGGUAGAGGAGCUCCUCCACCUCCAUCUCGUCCUGGACCGUUAGGACCCUUAAAUAACACCGCUGACAGUCCACAGAUCCCCAAUCGACCCAACAGAGCGCCUCCUAACAUUCCCAGCCGUCGACCUCCACCUUCUCCAACCAGACAACUCCCUCCCUAAACUCUUCUCAAUAAACUUAACAUCUGUCCUGUACCAAAGUUCUGUAAAGCUUCUGCAUGUCCUCACCUGUCCUACUGAUAUCUUCUUGUUCUGUAUUCGUUAGAUGAUGUAUUCUUCCUUUAUUGUGUUGAGUGUUUGUUUGUUUUGUGUUGUUUAUGUCUGUCGGUCCUCUGCAGGCCGUGCUGAUGUUGUGCUUUGUGUGGCAGUACUGCAGUGAUGCAUGUGUUUGUUUACACUUGUGUGUCCACAUGAUACCAUAGUACUGUGUGUGUGUGUGUGUGUGUGUGUGUGUGUGUGUGUGUGUGUGUGUGUGUGUGUGUGUGUGUGUGUGUGUGUGUGUGUGUGUGUGUGUGUGUGUGUGCGUGUGUGUGUGCGUGUGUGUGUGUGUGUGCGUGCAUGUGUGUGUUUGGUUUGUGUGUGUGUGUGCGUGUCUGUGCACGCAUGUGUGGCUAAAUUAAAAGCUAAAUGUAUUUAAAAUAGUUGAAUAUUAUGAUGUGGUAAGUGUUUCUCUUGUAGCGCUCAGUGUUUUUAAUGCGAGGUAAAUAAUGUUUGUAUUCUUUUACAGUUCUUUAUUUAUUUGACUUGUUGUGAAUAUGAAAUAAUAAGUGUUGUUUUGCAUGUGUGGUUUACAGUAAACACAGGAUAUAAACGCUCCUCAUUCAGUAAACAUGAAUAUACCGUAUGUACACCUUUAGCUGCUGUUAUCUAUACAGGACAUGUAAAUGUGCUGCCUGCCUAGUAAGACUAGUUCAUGACAGUUAAUCCACAUCUUAAACCAGAUGUCUGGUAUGUUAAAUAGUAAGUUAAGUGUGUGUGUGAGUUUGCAUUAGGUGGUGUAACAUCUGUAAGUGCCCCUGAGAUUUGAUGUUGACUAUUCGAUCUUUUCAAAGUGUUUCCUUAUCUGUUAAUAUUACUGAAGAGAUGGGCAUUUAAAACAGUUUAAAACCGGAUCAUCUAAUCCUUACCAGUUGAGAUGAAUGAAGCGGAUGAUUUCUGAUGCUGGUGAGUUUCUUCAUAUGAGCUUAAUAAGAGGAUUAGACAGCGACGCUGUAGUUUAGGUUGAAUAAAUGCUGGAAAAUGUAUAUUAGUUAGAUUUGAUUUGAACUUUAUUCUCAGACAAACAUCAGUCAUACAGUGUGUUUUACUAUAGAUAUCUUGAUGUACUGUACUCCUCCAACACGUAUAUGAAAUGUAUUAAAGAUUAAAGAAGAGCA